CGCGUCGCUGCUGGUGCCGGUCCCCGCGCUGGGCCCGCCCCCGCCCCUCACGCCGGCCCGCCAGCGUGCCUCACGGCUCCUGUCUCCCCUCCCUCCUUCUCUCUCUCACGCCUAGCGCAAUGGCGGCCGCCGCGGCGGAGCAGCAACAGUUCUACCUGCUCCUUGGAAACCUGCUCAGCCCCGACAAUGUGGUCCGGAAACAGGCAGAGGAAACCUAUGAGAAUAUCCCAGGCCAGUCCAAGAUCACAUUCCUUUUACAAGCCAUCAGAAAUACAACAGCUGCUGAGGAGGCUAGACAAAUGGCUGCCGUUCUCCUAAGACGUCUUUUGUCCUCUGCAUUUGAUGAAGUCUAUCCAACUCUUCCCACUGAUGUUCAGAGUGCCAUCAAGAGUGAGCUACUAAUGAUUAUUCAAAUGGAAACACAGUCUAGCAUGAGGAAAAAAAUUUGUGAUAUUGCCGCAGAGCUGGCCAGGAAUUUGAUAGGUAUGUGUGCAAAUACGUUUAUCAUUACGUUAUUGAAGAAAAUGAGUACAUAUAUCUUUUUUUAA